AUGCCAGAAGAGUCAACCCAAGAGCAAGACCCUGAUAACGGCACGACGGCUGUUGCAGCUACGAGCCCUACAAGUGCCGUGACGAAUGUGUAUGCCAAAGAUAACAGCAACAAGGAGAUCACUAACGAAGACUUUGACAUGGAUGAGGAUGAGCCCAUGCAAACCGAGACGGAAGCCGCCAAGAAGAGCACGGCCGUAGUCUUUAGUCCAGAACUCCUCAAAAUGUACUAUGCUCGAUUGUUUCCCUUUGAUUUGCUGCAUUCCUGGUUGGCCUACUCUCCCAACAAUAACAAUUCACAAAGUUGGCUUUUUUCGCGUCGCGAAUUUUCCAUGACGAUCGAGCCCAGUCCAGGAGAAGAAAUCUACAUUCGUUAUCAAUCCUUUUCCACCAGCCAGGAGUUGACCACUGCCAUUUUAAAGCGACGUCCCACCAAGAUUGAUUUGGGCGCCAUUUUCAGCCAAGCACCAAAGGAUCACAAGACACUCCAAAAGGGUCAAUUGCAACCGGUCCAACGCGAACUCGUCUUUGAUAUUGAUCUAACCGAUUACGAUGACAUUCGUCAUUGUGGGUGUACUGGGGCCCAAAUUUGCAACAAGUGCUGGGUUUUCAUGACCAUGGCCGUGGAAGUGUUGGAUGGCGGUCUCAAAAAGGAUUUUGGAUUUGACCACGUAUCCUGGUUUUAUUCGGGACGGCGUGGAAUUCACGCUUGGAUUUGUGAUGAAACGGCCAGGACACUCACCAAUGAAGCUAGGAAUGCUGUAGCGACGUAUUUUGAGGUCAAACUGGCCAGCGACAACAACAAGGAUGUUGAGCUCCAUCUCCCUCUCCAUCCAUCAUUACAACGUGCCUUUGACAUUCUAGAACCAUGGUUCAUUUCCGACAUUCUUCCGGCGUCGGGACACGGACUCUUGGCGUCCCCGGAACGUUGGAAGAAGGAUCUCCUCGACACCAUCCCAGAGGCGGGCAAAUCCAUUGCCUCUCUACUCGAAAAGAAGUGGGCCAAUGACACGACAACGCCCGCCGAAAAAUGGGAACAACUCAAAAAGCACGUUCGCGUCUUGAUUGGACAAGGUGGCGGUGCCAAAACCAAAACGGCCAAGACCAUGUCCACCAAGGACAAGCUCCGACUCGAACAUUGGCCCAUUGAAGUGGUCUUUCGUCACACGUACCCUCGGCUCGAUAUCAAUGUCUCCAAAACCAUGAAUCACUUGUUGAAAUCGCCAUUUUGUGUUCAUCCCAAAACGGGACGAGUCUGUGUCCCCAUUCAACCCGAAGAGAUUCGUCAGUUUGAUCCGUUUGCUGUGCCGACACUGGGGCGACUCAUGGAAGAGUUGGAUGACUAUGAAAAGACGGCCGCCAUGGAAGAGCGCCCCAAGCCCAAGCACGAGUGGCAAAAGACCAGUUUGAAGGGGUACUUUGAGCCAUUCCAAAAGGCCUUUUUGGAGCCGCUGCACAAGGAGAUUCGCAAGCACGACAAGAACCAAGCGGAGCAAGCAGCAGCCAUGCGAGGGGAUUUCUAGGUACCUAGACGGAGACGAUAUGAUCAACAAAAGGAUGCCUGGGGUGGUGAUGCGACCAAGCCAAAUUAGUAUACUAGCACGUCUGUGGAGCAAAGUGCUAUUUUGUAGUACCGGUACAUGUAGCAUCCUGUUGGUCUAGCUUUCUGCUCUUGUCCGUCUUGUCAGUGCAAACUCAAUCCAUU